GACACAGGAAGUGAAGAUAGCUGAAGCUAAACCAGGAACUCAGAGUCAGCCAUAGUCCAAAAGCUGCUGCGACCAACAGGUGCCUGAGCAGAAAGCAGCAAGUUUGCCAGCAGGAGCUGGUGCACCUUUAAGAUGUGGAAAGCAGCCGUGGGACAUGACGUGUCGGUGAAGGUUGAGGCGCAGGGAGACGACUGGGACACUGACCCUGACUUCGUGAACGACAUCUCCGAGAAGGAGCAGCGCUGGGGAGCGAAAACCAUCGAGGGCUCCGGCCGCGCCGAGCACAUCGACAUCCACCAGCUGAGGAACAAGGUGUCAGAGGAACAUGAAGUCACCAAGAAGAAGGAGCUGGAGACUGGCCCCAAGGCCUCCUAUGGUUACGGGGGCAAAUUUGGAACAGAGAGGGACCGAAUGGAUAAGUGUGCAGUUGGCCACGAGUACAUUGCCAAUGUUGGGAAACACUCCUCGCAGACAGAUGCAGCCCAAGGCUUUGGGGGGAAGUAUGGAGUCCAGCGGGACCGGGCUGACAAGUCGGCACUGGGGUUUGAAUACAAAGGUGAGGUGGAGAAACACUCGUCCCAGAAAGAUUACUCCAAGGGUUUUGGUGGCCGUUAUGGUUUGGAGAGGGAUAAGGUGGACAAAGCGGCAGUGGGAUUCGACUACAAGAGCGAGGCAGAGAAGCACGACUCUCAGAAAGACUAUUCUGUGGGCUUCGGUGGGAAAUUUGGGGUCCAGAGAGAUCGUCAGGACAAGAGUGCCCUUGGCUGGGACCAUCAGGAGGAAGUGCAGCCUCAUGCGUCCCAAACAGACUAUGCCAAGGGAUUUGGAGGUCGUUACGGGGUCCAGAAGGACAGAGUUGAUAAGAGUGCUGCUGGCUUCAGUGAGAUGGCUGCUCCCACCUCCCGCUAUGAGAAAACGAGACCACUGGAGGCAGGAGCUUCCAGUGGCACCAGCAGCCUGCGGUCACGAUUUGAAAACAUGGCUAAGGCAGCAGAGGAGGAGAGAAGGCAGGCAGAGGGGGACCGGGUGAGGUGGCAAGGUCACGAGUGCCUGGCAGCUCGGUGGAAGGAAGUCCCACAAAGAGAGAAGGAUCACACAGAGGCAGCCUCUGCCACUGUGCCAGCAAGGGUGCCCAGGAGUGCUGACCAAGACAGACCUGUGUCACAAGAAGAGGUGCCAAGGCAGGAUGAGGAAACAUCACCCGCUUUGCCACCAAGGCCAGCAGAUCUGAGUGAAGAACUGUGCAAGAACCCCAGCCAGGAUCAGCCAAUCUACAGUGAAGGUUUGGGUGCUGGUGGAGACUAUGAGGAGCUGCCAGACCCCUCUGACUACUGUGACAGUACCAGUGGAGGUGCUGACUAUGAGGAGCUGCCAGCCCCCCUGGGAAAGGAUGCCAUCUAUGACUGUGGAGGAGAUGGAGAUGAGGACUAUGAGAAUAUGCUUCCUGAGGAGCCCAGCCAGAGCCAGCUGCUUGUUGGGGAAAUGGACAAUGUUUAUGAUGUGGAGAACCCUGGGACCUGUGCAGUGGCUCUCUAUGAUUACCAAGGAGAUGGCGAUGAUGAGAUUUACUUUGAUGCUGAUGACAUAAUCACACACAUCGAGAUGGUAGAUGAAGGCUGGUGGCGGGGGCAGUGCCGGGGCAAAAUAGGCCUCUUUCCAGCAAAUUAUGUGAGGCUUCUCCAGUGAGACCGGCAUUGUCCAAGGAGCUUGUGUCCAAACUUCUGCAUUUCUCUGCUUCAAGCUUUUGCAUGGUAUUGGCUUGAUUUGGCUUGGCCUGGCGUGUCUGCAUGCAAGAAAUACAAAGAAACAAACUGGCAGUAUCUGCGGGAAUAUUUCAGCCUGUGCCCAAAAGGACUUUGGUUCCCCUCCACUUCCAGAUGGGAAAGGUGGGAUGUUUUAAGUGCAUGUGAGUGCAGUAUAAGACAUCUUUUCUACCUAACCUGCCCUGCAGUGUCAGCCUGCAAACAGAGCUAUGUCCAUUCCUGUUUCUGAAAGGGCCAUUCACAGAAAAGAAACACCAACUCUAACCUAGUCAAGGCAGAGGGGACAUAAGCUAUGAGACCUUUUUAAGUUGCUGGAGCCCUGGAUUUUAUCGUACCCAGGGGUCAAGGAAAAGAGGACCAUGAAGGGCAAACCCGCCUUUGGUCACAAGCAGCAUGAGGCUGGUUUAUCUGGGCAAAUUGCAGGGCUGGGGCCUGGGAACUUUUCACCAUCCCAGGAACACUGCUGCCUUUUCCUGUACAUAAACACAAGCUUGGCUGUAGUGAACUGUUCCAUUAAACAGCAGAAGUGUGUUCCGGCUCAAUGAAAAUGUGGGAUGACGUUGCUAGGGUAGGAGAUUAUUCACUUGGUUUUCCUCUGUGUGCCAGGAAUGCUGUUGGGAGUUUUGUCAUUUUCUGGGAUAAGCCUUGAAAAAAGAACUGUAAAAAAUAGAUUGUUUUAUAGGAAAAAAUACUCUGGAAAAUCUGUCUUGGAGCAAGAGUAAAAUACUAAAAGGCUUCACUUAACAAAGAGUUUGUUAAUAACUACUGCCCUUGUUCUCAUCCGGGCAGCCCAUCAGAGGACUGUUCUGCUAGGGAAAUCCUUUCAAUCUAGCAAAUUAAUCAGAAUAAGUGCUGCUUGAUACAGGCAGUAGAAUACUUUUAGGACAGUGCCAUAUCUCCUGUUACCUGCUCUGACAGUGUAACUAAGGGUAGACAUGCAGAUGGGGCCGGAAGAGCCAUCCCACAGCUUGUUUCUAACCUAAGGGCUCCAGUGUGUUUUGCGGUCCGUGCUAAAGGUAGGUUCCCCUAUCCAGUAUUUGGCUCAGCCUCUUCUCCAUGCUGUUGGGUGAGUCCCUGUGCUGAAGCCGGGCCUCCUCAGUGUGGCAGUAAUAUAGGUACACCUAAACAGGCCUUUGCGUGACUUACUAGUCAAGAAAUACUGCAGUUUAAUUAACAAUGGAGUUAGUUACUUGGAGGGUGCUGGCUAUAGCCUCCUUAUCUAAAGGAUGCUGCUUUUAUUUACAAUAUCCUGCGUAUCUGACACUGUUUGGAGAAGAAUGAGUUGCAUAACCUGAAGGUACAUAAACUUCGUAACUGCCCCCUUUGGGCAGAAUUCAUCCAGGCAGCGUCUGUCACUCUCUCAUAGCUGUAGUAAUAAACUGACUAAAAUUGCA